AAGCAAAGGAGGGAAAAAAAGACAGGAUGGAAGCUAAUAGUGUUAAUUUCCAUGUGUCUCAGUGUGUGAAACUAAAGGAAAGCGAGCUUUUGGCUUUGCAGUCUGAGGGGGAUGUUGUUAUUGGAGGGUUUUUUCAUCUGCACUACGAUGCUCCAGAGCCACAGCAGAACUACAACAGCAAACCCCAUAAGAUUGCUUGCAGCGGGUCAGUGCAUGAGCAUGUCUGCUUUUGGUCAACUUUAUUCUGCAUUACACCUUAAAACAUUCAUUCUAUAUGUUAUUUGAUGUACUCAUCAUACGCCUCUGCUGUUCACAAAUGAUUCCCUGCAGGUUUGACCUUAGAGCAUUUCGGUGGAUGAUGACUAUGGUGUUUGCAGUGGAGGAAAUUAAUAAGUCUGAUCUGUUACCGGGGGUCAAACUAGGCUAUCGCAUCAUGGACUGUUGUGAUAACAUCCACACAGCUUUGAGAGCUUUUUCGUCUUUGGUCAGUUUCUCUGAGGUGACAGCACAGUUUGAACCUCCCACCUGCUUCUUUGAUUCUCCCAUUCCUGCAAUUAUUGGUCUCGCAUCGUCUUCCCCAUCGAGAGCUGUAGCUCAAACUCUUGGUUCAUUCAACAUCCCACUGGUGAGUUAUUUUGCCACUUGUACUUGUCUAAGCGACAAGCAAACAUACCCAUCAUUCCUGAGAACUGUGCCGAGUGACUUUUUUCAAGUUAAAGGUCUCGUGCAGCUGGUUACGUUCUUUGACUGGUUCUGGGUGGGCACAGUCGGAACCACGGACGACUACAGUAUAUAUGGGAUCCAAGCUUUCACAGAUCAGUUCAGAUCACAUGGUGGUUGUGUGGAAUAUCAUCUCACUAUUCCAACGUCCCCUACAGUGUCUGAGAUGCAAUACAUUGCAAAUAGAGUUCAGGGUUCCACCGCAAACGUCGUUGUGGCUUUUGCUUCCGAGGGUCAAAUACUACAUCUGUUUUUAGAAGGGACACUUGGCUUCUCUUUUCCUGGAGUCAGAAUACCUGGAUUAAAAGAUUUCUUACUGAGCGUCCGGCCAUCUCCGGAACCAGGAAUGGAAUUUAUCAACAUGUUUUGGGAAGAGCAGUUUGGUUGUAAGCUCAAGUUUGAAGGAGAAGUGAUGAAAGAUAAUGGGACUGCAUGCACAGGUUUAGAAGAUCUGAGUCUCACUUCCAGCAGGUAUACGGAUGUAUCCAAGGUCAGAAUAUCCUACAAUGUCUAUAAAGCUGUCUUUGCCAUUGCACAUGCUCUGCAUGCUUUACUGGACUGUAAAACAGAAGGGCCUUUCAGCGGAACAUGUGAGAAGCAGAAACAGUUCACCUCUAAGCAGCUGCUGUAUCAUCUUAAAAAAGUCAAUUUCACCAACCAGUUUGGAGAGAGAAUUUAUUUCAACUCCAACGGAGAGCCGGCACCUCUCUAUGAGGUCGUUAACUGGCAGAAGGACAGCAGCGGUGAAAUCAGAUUUGUCAAAGUGGGAAGUUAUGAUAGUUCAGCAGCACCUGGACAGAAGCUGCAGGUUCAGCAGAGCAGCAUUAUAUGGACUAGAGGAGACUCACAGGUCCCUACAUCCCAGUGUAGUGCUCCAUGUCCUCCUGGCAGCAGACAGGCCACACGUCCAGGAGAGCCUCUCUGCUGCUUUGACUGUUUACCUUGUGCAGAUGGAGAGAUCAGCAACCAGACUGGUUCGACUGAGUGCAUCAAAUGUCCAGAGUUCUUCUGGUCAGACCCAGAUAAAGUCAAAUGUGUUGCAGGGGUUGAAGAAUUUUUGUCUUUCACUGAGACCAUGGGUAUCAUCUUAGUUACCCUCACUCUGCUGGGUGUUAUCCUGACAAUCAUCAUCACUGCCAUCUUUCACCAUUUUCGGACCACACCCAUCGUCAAGGCCAACAACUCAGAAAUCAGCUUCUUGCUGCUCCUGUCCCUCAAGCUCUGUUUCCUGUGUUCCCUGUUGUUCAUUGGCCAACCGUCUGUGUGGACAUGUAUGUUUCGCCAGGCAGCGUUUGGGGUCAGCUUUGUCAUCUGUCUGUCGUGUCUUCUAGUCAAGACUAUUGUGGUUCUUUUGGCUUUCCGGGCUAAUGUACCUGGCCCCAAGAGUCUGAGGAUGUUUGGUCCUUCUCAGCAGAGAACCUUGAUCUUCUGUACAACAGCUCCUCAGAUUUGUCUCUGUACAGGCUGGCUGUUGGGGUCUCCGCCCAUCCCGUUCAGAAAUCCUACCUUCCAAGCCUCAAAUGGAAAAAUUUUUGUAGAGUGUAAGGAGCCAUGGCCUGCUGGUUUCUACCUGGUUCUCGGCUACAUCGGCCUGCUAGCCUUCGUCUGCCUCCUGCUGGCGUUCCUCGGUCGGAAGCUGCCAGAUACUUUCAACGAAGCCAAAUUCAUCACCUUCAGCAUGCUGAUUUUUAUUGCUGUGUGGAUCUCUUUCAUUCCAGCUUAUGUUAGCUCUCCUGGGAAGUUCUCAGUAGCUGUAGAAAUAUUUGCAAUAUUAGCCUCCAGUUUUGGUCUCUUGUUGUGUAUUUUUGUGCCCAAAUGUUACAUUAUUUUAUUACAUCCUGAGAGGAACAUUAAAAAAGGCAUGACUGGAAAAUUUAGUAAUUAAGCUGUUAUUUGUUAUUUUUUAAGGACUUCAGGUAAAUCCAAAUACAAGUUGUUUUGGGUUAUUUAUAUUUAUUGUAAAAAUAAAUGCCAUUACAUUUUAAAUGAAACCUGCUUUUUUUCCCAAUAAAAAUAUAAAAUGCAAUUUAUAAAGCACGACAGCCCAUGGUGAAUUGUGGUUGGCAUUGGACUGAACAUAGAAACCAACCAAAGAAUAACAAAAAGGGAAUGUUACUGCAAUAAAAGCUUAAAAAUCCAUAAAUUUCAUUCAAGAAAAAAAAAUGAUAGAUUUAAUCUAAACUUCAAUUAAAGCAGGAGCAAAACAACCUCAUUAAAGAAAAGGGGGCAAAAAACAGUAAAAUGUUUUUUCUGGAAAUUUUCUAAUUUACACUUUUAUAUAUCAGACAAAAAAUUUUUAUAAAAUGACACAAUCAUGGUAGUCUGAAGACCAGGGGUGGAGAUUGUUGAUGUAGUCAAAGGCAGCAGGACGCCAGGAAUGAACAACAUUGGACAACCAAAAACUAGGUUUGCAAAUUAUCUGGUGAGGAAACCUCUGUACAAAUUAAUGGUUGCUUUGCCCUUACAUGUACAUGUCUUUUGUGCCGUCAUUAUUCAAUAAACCUAAACUAAACUACGUACAUUAAGGAGUUACCAUGGCUGAUCUGCAUAUUUAUUAGUAUUUGUGGGGCUUAGACAACACCUUCUGAGUGACUGACCAGGAUGGUAGUCUCAGUUGUUAAACAUGUGGACCAGGGAGUGUGCUUCUGCUAGUGGGGGAUAACGCUCUCAUCUCAGAGUUUUCAAGAUGUUGGAAAGAUUAUC